AUGAUUGAGGAAGCAAAGAAUCAACUACUACAAAUCAAAUCAAAUUUUCGAGUAUCAUUCAUUCUCUUACCAACACAAACAAAUGUUUAUGAACAAUUUUAUAAAAAGCUUGCUGCAUUAUCAGAAAACGCACAAAAUGAAUUUACAUAUCCAUCUGCAAAUAUACAAGUUCUGCCUGAGUUUGAAGUCAAGAACAAUCGUGUGAAAUUGUUUGGACCUAAUGCGAAAGUUUCAGAAUCGGAAAAAGAAUUCUGGCGUUUGAAUAGUCAAAUAAAAGACCAAUUGCGAUGGGAAACAGUUGCUCGUCAUAUUCUUUGGGCGUAUCAAAUAAACGAAGAUACGUGGGAAGAAUAUUCGCUGAGAAACAAUGCUGAAAUUGAGGAUAGUUAUUUAGCAAAAUCUUCAUCGGUACAUUUCACAAAUGAAAAAUCAAAUGAAAAAUGUGAAAUAAAAUUUCAAAACAUGCUUGAAAUAUGUUCGAAUAAUCAACGCCAGCGCCAUGUAACACGGACAGAUUUUGAAAAGCCACCAAACUGGGCACUUCAUUUUGGUAAUACCUGGCGGUUUCCAUUGCAUCCACAGUUACCAGACUACAAUCUUGUACUUAAUAAAUUUAAAGAAACAAUGGACAGUAGCAAGUAUGCUCAAGUUAUUCUAAUCGAACGUUUACAAAUUAAAAGAUGGUACACUGGAUAUCAAGCGCAUAAGAAGGAUUUCCAGGAACGUUUGAAAAUAGACACAGAAAAGUUUCUGUUUCACGGUUGUCCAGAAGCUUCAGCCGAUCUUAUCAUUCAAUCAAAUCAUUUCAAUCGCUCUUUUGUAGGAAAACAUGGUGCCCUUUACGGCUCGGGGGUCUAUUUUUCAAGCAAUGCGUGUUACAGUCAUUCCUUUGCAACACCUAAUACAAAAGGUGAACGGUGUAUGUUUUUAGCACGUGUACUAGUUGGUAAGGCGAUAACUGGAACUCAGUCGAUGGUUACCGCGCCAGAUGGUUAUGAUUCAACCACUGGUGACCACCAUAUCUGGGUAACGUACCAUGAUGAUCAAGCCUACGCUGAAUAUUUAAUUACGUAUAAAUGA